AUGCCAGUGCAUCCAGACCCAUCCAGGCAGCCGCUGCUCGCCGACGCACAGCAAGAUGACUCCCCUCCCACCCCGCCGUCCAAGACAUUCACGCCGACCUUUGGCGCCGCCGCCGCCUACGGCAUCCUCGUCAGCAUCGUCAUCGGCAGCGGCGUCUUCACCUCGCCCGGCGCCAUCGACACCAACGUGCCCUCGCCGGCCAUGGCGCUCGUCAUGUGGCUCACGGGCGGCAUCCUCGCCUGGGCGGGCGCCAACACCCUCGCCGAGCUGGGCACCGCCAUCCAAGGCGAGGGCGGCGUCCAGCCCUACCUGCAGUACAUCUACGGCGACCUGGCCGGGUUCCUCGCCGCGUGGACCUGGAUCAUCGCCGUCAUGCCCGCGACCAUUGCCAUCCUCAGCAUCGUCUUUGUCGAGAGCAUCUACUCGGCCCUUGGCGUGACGGACCGCGCCGACGCCUUAUCUCACAAGGGCCUCUCCGUCCUCGUCCUCGUCGUCGUGAGCCUCGCCAACUCGAUCAGCACCCGCGUCAGCACCCACCUCAGCCGCUUCUUUCUCGGCACCAAGUUCACCAGCAUCAUUCUCGUUGUCGUCGCGGGCCUCGCCGUCGUUGUCCUGCAGACCAGCCAGCCCGACCGCACCGAUAUUGGUGGCCGCGACUGGUUCGUCCGCAACUGGUUCGCGUACCGCGACACCAUCCACCCGGACGGCCACCGCACCGUCUGGCAGGACCUCGGCGCCUGGGAGAUGCUCGGCCACUACUCGACCGCCAUCUACGGCGCCCUCUGGGCCUACUCGGGCUGGGACAAGGCCAUCUACAUCUCCUCGGAGCUGAAGGACCCGAGCAGGCAGCUGCCCCUGACCAUCAACACGGCCAUUCCGACCAUUGUCCUGUGCUUCUUUGUCGCCAACGCGGCCUACUACAUCCUCUUGCCCUGGGACGUCGUCUCCACGAGCGACAGUGUGGCGGUGACAGCCAUCAGUCGCCUCCUGGGCGUCCGCUUCGGCAUUCUCGCCGCGGUGCUCAUCUGCCUUGUCGUCGCAGGGUCCAUCCUCGGCAACUCCCUCGUCGUGGGCCGCAUGACCGUCGCAGCGGCCAACAAGGGCUGGUUCCCGCGUCUGUUCACCGUCAUUGGCCGGGUUGGCCUGCUGAAACACCGCAGCCCUGAUGAUGCGCCGUCCUCUACCACCUUUGACGCGCCGGUGAACGCUGUGCUGCUGUCGAUUGUGCUCUCGGCGCUGUACAUUCUCUUUGGCGACUUUCGCUCGCUCCUGACGUUCAACGGGCUGGGGGAGUACACAUUCUUCUUCCUCACCGUCCUUGGGGCCAUCAUCCUGCGCUGGAGGGAACCUGGUCUCAAGAGGCCGUACAAGCCCCUGCUCAUCAUCCCCGUGGUGUUUGCCUUGGUGAGUGGGUUCGUCAUUGUGAGGGGCGCAACGUUUGCGCCCGUGCAGGCGCUCGUCUUGGUCGUGCUAUGGGCCAUAGGUCUCGUCAUCUACUGGGUCAAGAUGCGCUGGUUCGCGUCUUGA